GGUAAAACAAAUAUGGCGGCACCCAUCUUGAAAUGGAAGCGCCUUACCAACGUUUCUGGACCGUGCCCACGACCUCGGCACGGACAUCGGGCUGUUGCAAUCAAGGAAUUAAUGGUAGUUUUCGGUGGUGGAAAUGAAGGAAUCGUUGACGAACUACACGUUUAUAACACAGCCACCAACCAAUGGUUUGUGCCUGCAGUACGGGGUGACAUCCCACCUGGAUGUGCUGCCUAUGGCUUCAUAUGCGAUGGUACCAGAAUUCUAGUGUUUGGUGGAAUGGUCGAGUAUGGAAAAUACUCCAAUGAACUUUAUGAACUCCAGGCCAGUCGUUGGGAAUGGAAAAGACUAAAACCAAAACCUCCAAAAAGUGGCGCUCCUCCCUGUCCGAGAUUGGGACAUUGCUUUACACUACUAGGAAACAGUGGUUACCUGUUUGGAGGUUUGGCCAAUGACAGCGAAGAUCCUAAGAACAAUAUACCUAGAUAUCUUAAUGAUCUGUAUGUGUUGGAGCUAAAACCUAACUCAUAUGCACUGUCCUGGGACCUACCAGUGACAAUUGGCCAGCCCCCACCUCCUAGGGAGUCUCACACCUGUGUGGGGUAUGCAGAGAAGGACGGCAAACGGCCACGCCUUAUCAUCUAUGGUGGCAUGAGUGGUUGUCGCCUUGGAGACCUGUGGCAGCUUGAUAUCGACACUUACACAUGGACGAAGCCGGUAGUACAAGGAAUCGCUCCUCUCCCCAGGAGUUUACACUCCUCCACUGUCAUAGGAAACCGAAUGUUCGUGUUCGGCGGAUGGGUACCUUUGGUGAUGGAUGAUGUCAAAGUCGCCACACACGAAAAGGAGUGGAAGUGUACCAACACGCUAGCCUCACUCAAUCUAGAUUCAAUGAUGUGGGAGCCCCUUGCCAUGGAGGUGUUUGAAGAUGCUCUGCCACGUGCCCGAGCAGGCCACUGUUCAGUGUCUAUCCACUCGCGUCUCUACAUCUGGAGUGGGCGGGAUGGCUACAGGAAGGCUUGGAACAAUCAAGUUUGUUUCAAGGAUCUCUGGUUUCUUGAGACGGAGAAACCUCCAGCACCGUCGCGCGUACAGUUAGUGCGUGCCAGUACUAAUACACUGGAGGUGUGUUGGGGUGGAGUCCCCACGGCUGAUGCCUAUCUCCUACAGCUUCAGAAGUACGACUUGCCCCCUGCUCAGGCCAUGACCCCUACUGCUGUUCCCCAGACCAACCCCCUAGUCAAGGCCAUUGCCUCGCCCACCACCCCAAACAUCAUUAGGACACCCACACAUGGAAUAACCCAGAUCCGUUCUGUUGCGGGGGCUUCAGCCCUGGGUUCUGUGGCAAUCAACUCCCCGCAGACAAUCCGAGUUACUGCUGUUGCGGCUCGCCAGAAGACGCCUAUAACCAUGACGCCAACAAGUAACAUCCGCGUUGCCACCCCACAAGUUGUGAACGUCACUCAGGCUGGCCAGAGAGUUCCAACUAUUGUAUCAUCGGGUGGUGGUCAGAUGACUGGUAUCGCGGCUCUGGCUGCUGCGGCGGCUGCCACACAGAAGAUUCCUGGUACAUCUAGUACCACAACAACACCGGUGUCUGGCAUCAAGGUUGUCACACCAACGAUUGUGACACCUCAGGGUGUCAAAGUCACACCAGUUCCUGGAAAACUAGGUACACAGACAGUACGUGUGGCCACCCCUGGGUCUACCAUCCUCAAGACUCCCGGCAGCAUCCAGCAGACUAUUGGCGGCAAACAAAUCAUCACUGUACACAAGGCAGGGGGCGGCUCAAGUACCGGUCAACCCCAGAUUGUCACCCUUGUCAAGACAAACCAGGGCAUGCAAGUUGCUACAACAAAAGGACCCCUUCCACAAGGUGCCACAAUUGUGAAGCUGGUGACGACCCAGGGGAGUGGUACUGGUAAACCUACUGCUAUCCUCACGACUAGCCAAGCCGGCCAGACACCGUCCACGAUACUGGGCAUCAGUAGCGUGCAGCCCCAGGGCACUGCCACACGGACGGGAGUUACAAAAACCAUCAUCAAGACCAUCCCAUCCUCCAUGCUAUCGAUGGCACGCUCUGGUUCGGCUACGAUUACGACACAGGCUGGUCAAAAAACAAUUGUCAUUGCAGCUCCCAAGGGAUCCACUGGUGGGCUUCAUCACUCAACCCCUACAAAAAUAAUAACAUCGGUGCCAAAGAUGGGUGGGGGGACAGGCAAUACACAGUUCAUUGUGGUCAGCCCUCAGACCAGUGUGGGUCAAGGAAUGACGACUCUCACAGCAGGAGGUAAGCCACUGACAGUGACAACCCUGCCAGCAUCCUCGGCUGCUGCUCUCAACAUCGCUGGUACAUCUCAGGUUGUCUCUGCUACCAUGUCUCCCAUUGCAGCCAAACCCAUGGUCAACAUCGUCUCCUCAAAUGCAAGCCAGCUUGGUGGCACCGUUCUAAAGACGAUCACAGCAUCCCCUGCUGCCCUGGCCUCGGCCACCACAGCGGCCACCAGUCUCCUGUACACCACCACCACCCCCAGUGCCACUCCAUCCACUCCUACAAUCUCUCUCAUCGCCCAGCCAUCCAUAUCCCAUGCACCUGUUACCAUGACCACACAGGCUGUCGCAGCUAGCGCAGUGACUGGUGGUCAGAAACCAGUCCAGAUAACCAUCACUCCUGCAGCCCCUCAGAGCGCCACUCAAUUUGCAGGAAGUCCCAUAAUAAUCUCUCAACCUAUGGCAACCAAACCUGCUGCUAGACCAGUUCAACAAGCUCCUUGUACAGAUGGACAUAAUUGCCCUGGAGAUGAAACGCCAAAAACAACAGGUGUGUGCACUGAUGGACACAAUUGCCCUGGAGAUGAAACGCCACAAACAGGUGUGUGUACUGAUGGACAUAAUUGCCCUGGAGAUGAAACGCCACAAACAACAGGUGUGUGCACUGAUGGACAUAAUUGCCCUGGAGAUGAAACGCCACAAACAACAGGUGUUUGCACUGAUGGUCAUAAUUGCCCGGGAGAUGAACCACCACAAACAACAGGUGUAUGCACUGAUGGUCAUAAUUGCCCAGGAGAUGAAACGCCACAAACAACAGGUGUUUGCACUGAUGGUCAUAAUUGCCCAGGAGAUGAAACACCACAAACAACAGGUGUCUGCACAGACGGCCAUAAUUGCCCAGGAGAUGAUCCACCUACACAAACAACAGGUGUCUGUACAGACGGACAUAAUUGCCCCGGAGAUGAUACACCUACUCAAACAACAGGUGUAUGUACUGACGGACAUAAUUGCCCAGGAGAUGAUCCACCUACACAAACAACAGGUAUCUGUACAGACGGGCAUAAUUGCCCCGGAGAUGAUCCACCUUCUCAAACAACAGGUGUAUGUACUGACGGACAUAAUUGCCCUGGAGAUGAUACACCUACACAAACAACAGGUGUCUGUACAGACGGGCAUAAUUGCCCCGGAGAUGAUCCACCUACACAAACAACAGGUAUCUGUACAGACGGACAUAAUUGCCCUGGAGAUGAUCCACCUGCACAAACAACAGGUGUAUGUACAGACGGACAUAAUUGCCAUGGAGAUGAUCCACCUGCACAAACAACAGGUGUAUGUACUGAUGGACAUAAUUGCCCUGGAGAUGAAACGCCACAAACAGGUGUGUGUUCUGAUGGACAUAAUUGCCCUGGAGAUGAUCCAUCUACACAAACAACAGGUGUCUGUACAGACGGGCUUAAUUGCCCCGGAGAUGAUCCACCGUCUCAAACAACAGGUGUAUGUACUGAUGGACAUAAUUGCCCUGGAGAUGAUCCACCAGUACAGACAACAAAUGUUAGCAUUGAAGGGCAAAAUAUUGCUGGAGGUGACACCACACCACAGAUUCCAGCUACUGGGGCUGCUGUACAACCAGCUGCAGAAACACCUACAAUCAGCCAGUCAUCAAUGGAAACGUCCGUCUCAAUGAGCCAGGCUGCACUGGAUGCAUCAACUGUUAAUGUACCAGAGCAUUUACCAGCUGCACUGCUCCAGGAGUCAGACACAAAACCUGAAGCCAUGGACACCUCAAUCACAGAGGCAUCCCCUAUGCCACCUGCCCAGCUGUUACAGACAGCCCCUAGUGAGGAAAAUAAGGAGGAGCCUAUGGACACGCUGUCAAAUGCAGCAGCCUUGUCUCUGCCAGCACCGACCCCUAUCAUUGACACCACCCCUCUGGGUGUCCUCUCCUCCGUGUCUCAGGGCAGUCCUGCCAUCAGCACAGCAGCAUCCUUGGCCACUGCUGCAGCAGCCAACACCCUCGCUGGCAUGGAUGCUCUCGCAGCUGUCGCCAACUCUGUGUCAGAUCCUUUGGCUACUCUGGCCAGUGCAGCUAUUUCCUCGGCCAGUACGGUAGCUCCCCAGGUCAAAGUGGAACCAGGUGUGAUAGGUGUGAAGAUUGAGUCGGAUCUCAAACAGGAGAGUAAGGCAGAAAUUCCAGCAGUUAAGAUGCCGACCACGCCAGUUAAGAAGGACGCUCACCAAUGGUAUGAUGUGGGCAUCAUUAAGGGCACUUCCUGUGUUGUGGCACAUUAUUAUCUGUCCUCGGACAACGUGCAGGGCAACGGUGAUGUCGUCAACACAAAGCAGGAUAUUGAUGUUGUAAGCAUACCCGACCAUAGUGUCCUCAAGAAACAAGAGUUACUUCCAGGCACUGCAUAUAAAUUCCGUGUGGCCGGAAUCAAUGCCUGUGGCCGUGGAACUUUCAGCGAGAUCUCUGCAUUUAAGACCUGUCUCCCUGGAUAUCCUGGUGCCCCAUCUGCCAUCAAAAUCAGCAAGGUGGGCUUAAAAAGUGCGGAAGGUGCACAUCUAUCAUGGGAACCCCCACAGAACACCGCCGGCCGUAUCACCGAGUAUUCCGUGUAUCUUGCCGUACGUAAUGCCGCCUCCCAGGUAGACCAGAAGCCGGGUACUCCGGCCCAGCUGGCUUUUGUGCGGGUGUACUGUGGUCCUCUACCCACAUGUACAGUGACAACUGCCAGUCUCGCCUCGGCGCACAUUGACUACACAACCAAACCCGCCAUCAUCUUCCGAAUUGCAGCCAGGAACGAGAAGGGUUAUGGACCAGCCACACAAGUGAGGUGGCUACAAGAUGCCCAAAGUCCUGCGGGUACAAAGGUUGCCGUCAAACGAACACUUCCUGCAGCUACUGCCACAGCCGGAGAUGCAAGACAGCAGUUACAAGGCAUUGGCCCCAUCAAAAAAAUAAAAACAGAAGAGGAAAACGAACGACAGGGAUAGAGAGACCUCUCGUUGCUGUUAUAAUGGACAUGUUUAAGUUGAAAAUGGUUCAUUUGUCAAAAUCAUUCAUUUGUAAAUACUUCAUUCUUCGUUUCAUCCAUUUUGUACAAACACAUAUCGUUAGUCACUUUGCAUUUACAUUGUCUCCAUCUUCAUUAGAAAUGUAGAUGUCAUAUUUUCAAUACUUAAAUAUUUUUGUCUCGUAUACAUAUAUCUAAAUUACAUGGUUCUCUGCAGAUAGAAUUUCACUUGUUUGUUAGGGUAUUUGUAAAAUUAUUACUGAGCUAUUGUUUGUUCCAGUCUAUAUUUUCCCACAAACACUAAAACUACCAAUCAGUGUUCUGAUUGGGGAUCUGUAAGAAGACGAAUUUUCAGAAUCAAAUUAAACCACCACAAUUCAUCACGACAUAGGUAUUACAAAGAUUCUGUUUGUGACAAUUACCAAAAUAUGGAGUGAUCAGAAUGAACACCUUUAGUGGAUAAAUAGCAUUGAAGUUGAGGAAAAUCACAAGCAAUAAUAUGACACAGGAAGGGUUUUAUGAAAACACAGUUUCCUGUUUAGAUUUUCCAUAAAAAAAGGGUUAUGUCACAAACUGGACAGAUUAACUUUGUUUUGUUGGAUUGUCUCCAACAUCUAUCUGAUUAUAUAUUAAAUUUCUCAGAUUUUACAUAUUGUUUUGUUCUGUGCAUAUUGUAUUGCUUUAACAUUUGUCCAUGAUUGAAAAACCAACUGAACCCUAGGUAACUGAGCAUAGAUCUGACUGAGAAUCCUCCCCUCCUUGUCGCUAUUUAGUUAGAUUACAUCCCUAAUCAUUACCUGUACUUGUCAUUUCUGUUUCAUUUGUUGAAGUUCAGAUGUUAUACCUGGACUUUGCUCAAUCUUGUUCAUGGACUGCUGUUAUAAGUACUUUCAUUGUAAGCCACGUACCAGGUACAUCGAAUAAGAAAGUAGAACGAUCAAUUUUGCAUGUCCCACUUACGGAAGAACUGUAGUACCAAAAUGUUCAUACUUUUAAUGAGAGAACAAUACACAGGUACAAAUAGCACUGUUUAAAAACAAAAUCUAGCUUUCAAGGGAAAAAUUGAUUUUUAUUGACAUGACUGUUUCCAUCUUAUAAAAGGAUACCUGUAUGUCUAACAUGGUAUUUAAUCUGAGAAUGGGAUCUAAUAUAGCAAUUUCUGUUGUACAGUAAAUAAUUUGACUUGCCUCUAAAUUACCUGUAUUAUUUGUUGUUAAGGAAUGCCUCAUUUGUUUUUGUUGAAAUAGUGUAAACGUGUUCAGGACGUUUGCAUUAUAUACUUUUGUUGACCUUUUUUUUUUCCCCUGUUUAUUUUUUAAUGAGAGUAAAACGCAAUUUUGUUAUUUUGUACACACUUGUCAUGAUCAGAAUGAUUCAAGAAGUAAUAGGAGGUCCCCUGAGUUGGAUUGGUAUGGUGCGUUAGGUUUAUAGUGCUGUUAUUACCAGCCCAGGAACACAUUUUUGUAGGACUGGCUUUGUUAAGGUUUGAUGGGAGGUGUUUAAAAGACGAAGAAAAAAAUAUUAUGAUAUUAUGUAGUUAUUACACCAAAGUUCUCAUUAAAUCCAGAUUUGCUUCGUGACAUCACCCUCCGUACACUGUUAGGUUUCAUGGCAGAAACAAUGUGUACUUCUCUAACUUUGUAAGACACAACGGUUUUUAUUCAUCUCCUCCAGGUGUCACUUGUUACCAUUCAUAAUCAAUCAUCUACUUACCUUUAGCAUAAUGUAAAUAAUCACUCGUGUAGUUUACAUAAAACAUGAACAUCUUCCAGUACAUAUCAUGAAAUAGCAACCAUAAGUUACGAUUAUUUCUAUUUCCGAUAAUAUAGGACUGAAGUUUUAUAAUAUAGGACUGAAGGACUGAAGUUUUAAAAAAUAGGACUGAAGGACUGAAGUUUUAUAAUAUAGGACUGAAGUUUUAUAAUAUAGGACUGAAGGACUGAAGUUUUAUAAUAUAGGACCGAAGUUUUAUAAUAUAGGACUGAAGUUUUAUAAUACAGUAGGACUGAAGUUUUAUAAUAUAGGA